AAAGAAAGUGACUUCCUUUAAAAAUUCCAAACAUCAAAAUACAUGGAAUAAGGUUUCUGUGCGUGUGUCUCUGUUAGAUGAUUACUUUUUCUAGUUAUCCAUGCUAUUGAUUUGUAACAUUUAUUUGUACUUACUGGCACAAUGUUUAGCCAACCGAACUAAAAAUGUAAGGGCACUAACAGACUGGCCAGAAUCUAAGAAAAAUCCUCAGCAUUUGAAAAAUCUGGAUAAAUCAGAUGAAAUGUUUGCUAUAUUCAACAAUCUCCCUAGCACAGUAGGACUCAACUUACAUUCCUUAAAACAGAUUCUUGAACCAAACUCAUCACAGAGUAACAGUUCAAUACCUGUCAAGCAAGAAAACAUUUCAGAAUCCGAUACGACCAAAACUUUGUCGACAGCUGCAGAGGAAAGAACACAGAAAACAUCAAAAACUCCAUCAAUCCAAACCGAAAGUAAAGAUAAGAACAUAUUCUACAUCUUCCGCUUCCUAAUUCCAUUGAUUGUAUUAAUACUAAUGUUGAUAUAUGUAUUUGGUUUGGCUUGGUACUAUAGGCGACAGAUAUUAUCAACUAUAGACUCAGCAGAGAAAAAGAGUCAAGGAAGUAUGGCUUCUCGUAUUAGUGAUGAUGACAAUUUAAGAAUGAGAUACAAAGUUAUGGAGGCAAAGGACGAGAGCUUGAGAACAAUGGGUGCUAAUAAGGACAGUACAGUUAGUCAAGCUUUUCCUCUAAGUCGAAUACAAUAACGCAAUAUAGACUCCCAUGGACAUUCAUAAAAAACAGUACCGUUUUAUCAUGUAGAAAAUGAUUGAACUGUUUUUGAUUUGCAUGGAGACAAGCUUUGGUCAUAAUGUGUCAAGAAUGAGUCCAUUUAUCAACUAGCUUCUGAAGGCACAUGAGUUUUGUUUAGUUUGGAGACUGAUUUUUUAUUGAAUUAUAAAGUUCAGCAAUACAUUUGGUUAAAAUAUA